AUGGCCGGCUGCCCCGGGGGGGAGAAAUGCAGCAUCCAGGCUCUAGUUUUCCAGGCCGACCGAAUUAUUUACACCACCCGAGGGGCCGGCGCUCUUAAAUUUGCCUUAUUGUCUCUCGCAAAUAAGGACUUUUGGCCCGGGCGGCGACAGGUGCUCCACAUUAAGGUCAGCCCGGCGCCUCCUCCGAGAGACUUAGCAAACGCCUUCCCGGAACGCGGCACCAGUUACAUAACGGCACAACAAGAGUCGAGGGACUUUGACCACGAUGCAGUCGCAUCAGUCCACGUGGAGCCCGAGCUGCUGCACACCUACUCCAAGUACUACAAGUCCGAUGUCCUGCUGCUGAUCGUGCGUCUGGCCGUGCUGACCGCCGUCACCCUCACCGUGCCCGUGGUGCUCUUUCCCAUCCGUACCUCCAUCAACCACCUGCUGUGCCCCACGAGGGACUUCAGCUGGAUCCGCCACACCGCCAUCACCGUGGUCCUGCUGGCCGGAACCAACACCCUGGUCAUCUUCGUCCCCACCAUCAGAGAUAUCUUCGGCUUCAUCGGUGCCUCCGCUGCCGCUAUGCUCAUCUUCAUCCUGCCCUCGGCUUUCUACAUCAAGCUGGUCAAGAAGGAGUCAAUGAAGUCCGUACAAAAGAUUGGGGCCUGCGCUUUCCUGGUGUGCGGCAUAGUGGUCAUGUUCGGCAGCAUGACUCUCAUCAUCCUGGACUGGAUCCACAACGCCAUGAACGACGACGGCCACUAA